AUGGCCACGGCGCCAAUGGCGGUCGUCUUCUCGAGCGACUACGCCCGGGCGAUCUCGCGCCUGCCGGUGCACCCGCAGCGCGAGGUCAUGACCUUCUCGCUGCUGCAGCACCUGCGCCUCCUCGAUCGCCUCCACGUCGUGGCGCCGACGCCCGCCACGGACGCCGAUCUCGCCCGCUUCCACGCGCCACGGUACAUUGCGGCGCUCCAGAAUGCGCCGACGCUCUCACUCGACGAGCAGCUCGAGUUUAGCCUCACGGACGACGCAUGCGCUUUCGAUGGCCUCGAGCGCUAUUGCGCCUACGUGGCGGGCGGUUCCAUCACGGCAGCGACGCUCUUGACGCUAAGCUCGCCCGCCCGUCCGGUCGAUGUCGCCGUGCACUGGGGCGGCGGCCGACACCACGCCAAGAAAGCAUCCGCCAGCGGCUUUUGCUACGUCAACGACGUUGUGCUUGCCGUCGACGUCCUCCUCCGGUCGUCACCGUCGGCCAAAGUACUCGUGCUCGAUAUCGACGUUCACCACGGCGACGGCGUCGAAGAGGCCUACUACUACAGCGCGCGCGUCUUUACCAUGUCGUUCCACAAGUACGCCCGCGGCUUCUUUCCCAACUCGGGUGCGCCGAGCCGCAUCGGCGCAGGUCCUGGCAAACACACGAAUCUCAACGUACCGCUUGCCGACGGGAUCACGAACGAGCAGUUUCUCGAAGUGUUUGAGCUCUUGACGGCGACGGCCGCCGACGUCUUUGCACCGACGCACCUUGUGCUCGUGUGCGGUGUCGACACCCUUGGAAGUGAUCCGUUGGGCACGUUCAACCUCACGGCCGAGGGGAUUGGUUGGUGUGUGCAAGUCGUGCAAGAGCUCGAGCUGCCGCUCUUGGUCCUCGGCGGCGGCGGCUACCAUGUACCGGAUGCCGCCCGAACGUUUGCGCACGUGACGGCGACGCUGCUCGGUGUCGAAGAGAACUUGCCAACGACGAUUCCGGAGCACGAGUACUUUGACAAGUAUGGACCGUAUUUUACGCUGCCAACACGGCCCAACAUCGGUCGCGUGAACGCCAACACGAUUGCGUCACUCGAAGCGACGUGCGCAACCGCGUUGCAGCACCUCGAGCGCGCCAGAGCUGCCUUGUCGUCGCGCAGCAUAGCCCACCGGCGGCGGGAUAGCUCCUAGCAAUUUGUUUCGAGUUUUGUGUUGCACAAUGUACCGACACACCAGAGAGAUCGAUUCAUAUAGCUAAUUGUAGGA